AUGGGGUAUAGUUUGCUUCGAAAGAUGGAAAGACAAGAAAAAGAAUUCCUGGUGUUUUCAGGAAAAUUAGGACAAGUGUGCGUCAAUAAAGUAUGUGACGGAAAAAGUGUGAGGGAUCUAGUUCAGAAAGUAUUCAAAGAAAAAGUGCCUGCUUUAAAUGGGCUACAGAUGCUUUCAACUAAAGAUGCCCUGAAGGUGGUGCAUUCCCACUUUAAUAUUCUGCCAUAG